GAUUUUGGAGUGUUGAGCGAAGCGGCGGAGUACUGGCGGCACAGUUGAAGUCUGUCCACCACCACAACACAGCUGUAACUCCCCUCCACCACCACCACAGCUACAUAUCGCUGCUGCAGGCACAGAGUUGAGAGUAUUAGAAUGUUGGAACAAGUUAAGUGAGAAGAUGGUGGAGGACAAAACCAUCAGUACUGUAGUUUCAGAGAGUUAGACGACAAAGAGUACAGUACUGGGAAGAACGGACACCGCAUGCGUAGCUCUCAUCCUGUAACUACACCUGGAACCCUGUAAAAAACAGAGCUCUCCGCUGCAAGAUGUCUGACAAUACUCUUGAUGAACAGAUUGCUGAUGUGUUUAGUGCACUGUUUGAAAUAAAGGUCACUGCCCUUGAUGUCAGACAAUGUAAGCCAGAGUUUGUGCAGAAGAUUUACUUUCACUGCAUUCGGGAUUUUGGAGCCAACUUGGAGCUGGUCAAUCAAUUACCAUUUGAUGUGUGUGAGUCGGUGCAGCAACAUGCAGAUUUGUACCGCAGUACCAUGAGGAUCGUGGCUCUGUCUAAGGUUAUCAAAAUGUUCUUCAAGCUCCUGUGUGAUGAUGAUUCCUUCAUGCCUGCUGACCUUUUUGACCCCAAACCAGCACGUACAAAGCAGUUUUUUAAAGUCUUGGUGGAGUUCUUCUAUUCCUCUAAUGAAUAUUCAGAAAGUAUGAACCGUAUUGAGGAGCAGGUGUCUAUCAAGCGAGAAAGUCGUGAUAGGUUGCUUGCAAACAUUGAGAAAGCAAAGGCCAAGAUAAGACAUCUGAAACUGGAGAAUGCUGAGAACCAGAUAAGUGAGGAGCAAGAACUGGAACGGAUAGCAGAGGUAAAGGCACAGUUGCAGGAGUGUCAAAACAAGAAGUUGAACAUGAAAGCUGCAAUGGAGAACAUUAAGAUGUGUAUCUCCACCCUGACCACUAACAUCAAGGAUGCCAAGUUGGAGGUUAUUGAGAAUGAGGAAAAACUGGAGAAGCUUGCAAGUCAGGUGGUGCAGGCCAGUGAGAGGCAAGAAAUUGAGGAACGUGAGCGGAAAUUAUCAUUUUACAGGAGUGAGAGUCAGGCAAGAAGUGAGCGUCUAGUGGAGAUGAAACAAGUUCUGCGCACACACACUGCAGCAAUUGAGACCCUUAAUAAUGAGCUGAAGGUUGUUGCACUUGAGCUUCAACAAGAGUUCACAAAGAAGAAAGAGAUACAGGCCGAGCUGUCUGAACUAGAUCGGUCCAAAGCAUCACUACUGGAGGCAGUGGAGGACAAAGACGCACAGAUUCAGCAGCUGCUGGAACAGCUAGCAGCUCGCGAGGAUAAAGUGUCUCAGAUGCAGCAGUCGUGGAGGCUCAAGCAGGAAGGGCUUCUCGACGAGAUUAACCAAAAUAAGUUAUUGUUGGAAGAAGUGCUUCGUAACCGGACCGAAGAUGAAAUUGUAGCUCAAGAUAUGGAAGCAGAACGCGUAAGGAUCCUGCAAGAGACUCAACAGCUUCAUGAGGAACUUGCUAAUAUUACUAAUUUUAUUGCUAAAAGCUAUAAAAGUAUUAUGGCUGCUAGAAAAACAACAAUGACCUGCAGAUGGCAGUUACUGAGCUCACCGAGUCUAUUAGUGAGCUGCAGUCUGAGGAAAGUUGAAUGUUGUCACGAGGCCUUCACUAUAAGCAAAUUACCCGAGUCAGGAUUGUCAAGCAUUGAUGCAUACACUUGGGAAACCUGUACGUCCAGCCGUGGAUGACAUCCACUAUGGCUGCUUUACAUUUAUUAAACAGUCUGAGCACUAAAGACCUUCAAAAUUGUUUAUAACCAUGAAUUGUAGAGUUUCAAAGCUCAAUAACCUUAAUAAAUUUUAAAAGCCACUAUGGUUAUUGAAGCGGGAUUUGAGAGUAGUUGCAAACGUACUCGACGAAUCCUGGUCCAAAUUUAUAUUUUCUAAACUGAAUCCUGCCACGCUUGGUCCUUAAAUUGCUGAAAGGUUUGUACAGUGUGCUCAGUAUGUAUGUACACACUGCUACAGUUACUGGUAUAUACAGUAUACUCAGUAUGUGCACAUUGCUACAGCCACUGGUAUAUAUAGUGUACUCAGUAUGUGUGUGUGUUCAGUCAUUGGUAUAUAUAGUAUACUCAGUAUGUGCAUUUGUGCACACUGUUAGUCACUGGUAUAUACAGUAUGUGUGUUUGUACACUGCUACUGUCACUGGUAGCAGUAGUGUACACACUGCUACAGUCACCGAGUAUAUGGCAUAUACCAGUGACUGUAGCAGUGUGUAUACACACACACUUACCUAGUAUACUGUACUGUAUAUACCAGUAUGUGCAUGUGUACAUUGCUAAAGUCACUGGCAUAUACAGUAUUCUUUGUAUGUGUAUACUGCUACAGUUGCUGGAAUAUACAGUAUACUCUGCUUCAGUCGCUAUACAAUAUACUCGGUAUUUGUGUGUGUGUGUACACUGUUAGUCACCGAUAUAUAAACAAAAUUGUUGUUUAUAUUGACAAUUCACUAGUUUCUCAAACUUUUUGAUUAAAAUUUGUGUAAUAAAGAACAAAAUCUUGCAUUGGAGUUAAGUUUGAAACUUGUGUAUUUUCUGAUCAUUUCUGCUACUUAGCAGGGAGUAUAAAAACUUAGGAAUGACCCUGACAGUAGGUGUGUGGUAGUAUGUGAAAUUAUAGACUUAUCAAUAAUUUUUAAAGCAAGAAUGAGAUUAAUGAAUUCUUGUUUCCAUUAGUCCUUUUGUUAGGAAAUAUUUUUUUUUUUAAUCUUGAGGGGCACAUUAUUAAAAGAUUUUAUUCUACAGUAA